CUCAAUUCCUUAUCUACCAAAUCAUGAGGACGUCGUUUUUUUCUGUCUACAAUUCAUCAGUCCAAACCGCACUCAUCCGUCCAAAGAUCGACGGCCACAAUCCAGCCGCGUACAUUUCAAUUGCUCACGGUUCAUCGGUUCUCGGCCCAUCCACACUGUAGUUUCCGAGCUUCCACCCCCUUUCCAAGGACCAGACGUCCAGACACUGCUGCGGCUCAUAUCGUCUCUCGAUGGAGUCUUUGACACUCAACACUAUCUCACGCAGAAUCCGGCGCGACAGACAAAGACAUCGUGCUCCCUGACCUGGCCACCCCGGGGCAGUCGUCAAACCUCAGGGCUCAAGUGCUCUGGCUCACCAUCACAGCAAACCCCACCAUCUUCACGAUCAUUCCUUCACACAGGACUCCUGCCACUCAGUGUCCAGAGGCUUCUACAGGGCUUCCUUUCGCCGUGGUCCCUGAGAUUACUGCACCCCUGCUAAUUGCAGCACCUUCUGCGCGAGACUGUCCAGCUCAGCCCAAGUAAGCAUGGCUGGAGCCGAAGACCGCUUCCUUCAAUAUCAAGAACCGGAUAUAAUCAGUAUUCUGGUCUUGAUCUCGUUCUUUUUCUUCCUGUCAUCUUUGAGGUGGAUCUUCCACAAGGCCAUCCAUGCCGGUCUUAUAGGCCAGAUUAUCGUGGGCAUCCUCUACGGCGCUCCCGUCGGCAACAUCCUGGACAGUUGGCAGGAGACCUUUAUGGCCUUGGGAUAUGUUGGGCUUAUCCUGAUCAUCUUUGAAGGCGGUCUGACAAUUAGACUCGAUCUUUUGAAGGCUAAUUUCCUGCUCAGCACAGUCGCUGCAGCCAUAGGAAUCACUGUGCCCAUCGCUCUAUGCUAUCUGCUCCUUUUCCUCGGAUUUGGAUAUGGAGCAUUGGAGACGUUUAUUAUCGGUGCUGCUCUCUCCACCACAUCUAUCGGCACAACUUUCGUGGUCAUCAAUAGCUCGCCGAAUGUCGACUUCACACACACCAAGGUUGGCACCGUCUUGAUCUCUGCGGCUCUGUUUGACGACGUCGUUGGCUUGAUCAUGAUCAGCGUCAUAUCAAACCUCGGACGGAUUGGCAAGGGUGGAGGAGGAAACAUCGGCUGGAUUGUGGGCAGACCCAUCCUUGCGAGUUUCGCAAUUGGUGCUGUCUCGCCCCUACUAGCCAAAUUCGUCGCAGGUCCAUUGUACCGGCGCUUUGUAGAGCGACAAAUAGCUGCCUGUGGCCACCGAGCCACGAUAUGCCUCAUGAUACUCGUUCUGUCGGCCCACCUCGCUGUCUGUGGCUAUGCCGGGGCUUCUGUCCUGUUUGGAGCUUUCUUAGCGGGCACGUUCUUGAGUACCCUUCCACAUGGUCCAAUCCAAGCUGUUGAGAGUGGGAGUGACGGCUCAAAGGUAGCCCCGGCUUUCCACGAGACGUUCGAGACCUUCAUAUCAGGUUCACUGGCCCUUGUACUGGAACCGCUCUUCUUUGCCAGCAUUGGUUUCGCUAUCCCAUUCACGAGGCUGUGGACAGGCACUGUUGUUUGGCGUGGUAUCACACUGUCCUUGCUCAUGGUGAUUGGAAAGGCUGUGGUUGGCCUCUCUAUCCCGCUCAAUUCGCUCUGGGGCGGGCUUGUGUCCGGGCAUGGAGAUCAAAUCAAGCCACAGAGUGGCAUUCCAAGCGACUGGGCUCCUGCUACUCUACUAGGGAUGGCAAUGGUCGCCAGGGGCGAGAUUGGUUUGCUAAUAAUCCAACUGGGCCUGAACGACACCACGUUCCUGUCCGGGGAGGCCUUCCUUGUCGCUAUUUGGGCCAUCGUCCUGAACACCAUCGUGGGCCCACUUUCCGUUGGCCUGCUGCUUAAGAGGUUAGAAGAGGUCAUUGCAAACAACCCUCGCUGGGGUCUGCAGAAGCAAGAGGCAGAAAGCGGUGCUUUGCCGACUUUGCCACGUACCUCGAUGGAGCAAGUUGCGACAAGCGAAGACCGGCACUGAUUUCCCUCUUUCCUGAACCUGGGAACCUUUUCGUUGGGAGCUCGCAUAUCUCAUCGGGGCAAAGAUAGUCCUAUAAGACCACAGACACAUUGUGGCCUUGAGGAUUAGUUUAUUCUUUUAAAGAUAUUAAUAGUGUCUAGCUUUAGCCACACUAUACUUUUCCUUUAUACUAUAUAACUAUAUUCUUUCAAAAUUAUUCAAGUAUUAAAUUUAACUAUUUACUUUUAUU